UUUAUCAUCCAAUAACAAGUUAGAUACAUAUAAGAUCUAAAUCCUAAAAAUAUGUAUUGCUUGUAAAAAAAGUCAUUUAUUGUAACACAAAGAUGUUAGGUAAAAGAACAGAUAGAAAAUUUAUAAAUAUCACAGUUAUAUAUUUUUUCACAAUUUUUUAAUCAAACUUUCUUGGGGAAAAAAAAUAUUGUACACUUUGUGUAUAUAUGAUUCUUAUUUCUAGGGAGUAGUCUCAUUCCAUUCGUGGUAUAGUGCUUUUCACUGCAAUUUUCUUCUGUUCUUUAAACCUUUCCUUUCUUCUUCUUCUUCAGUAACUUUUCUUUUGUCACUAUCUAAAUUGUUUUUAUAUCUCUCAUUUAAUACUCUGUUUCCAGUGGUUUUUAGUUUUUACUUCUGAUUUUUGUCACACAACACAAAACUCUUUAAAAUACAUUAGGCGGGGGAUUUCAAGAUUUUUCACACAAAGCAGAGAGAAGACUCUUCGUCAAACACUCAUGACGUCGGCAACAACUUCGAAUCACAAACGUUCUCGAAGUGAUCCGGUCCCAAGAAAAGCUCUCAAAAACAAGAAAUCAAGUGAGGCCCUUUACAACAUCAACCAAUUUCACAUGGAUGAACUUUUGCAGAGAGAGAUAGAGCAGCUAAAAUCUCUUCUAAAGUCCAGAAAAUUACAUCCUAGUGCCAGGAGAGUCUCAAGUGAUGAGAUUGAUUUGUUGCUUCAAGAAGAUGAAGUAUUAGUACGGCGUGAAAUGGAGACAGUCCUUCGACGCAAACUGUUCUUAGAAUAUUCUAAAAAUGAAGAUUCCUCUAUCCCCAAGGAAGCAAAGAAACUGGUCAGGGAAAUCGCGGGGUUGGAGCAGCAAGUGAUGUACUUAGAAACAUAUCUUCUUUUGUUAUACCGGAGACUAUUCAACAACAAAAUUACAUCCAAGUUUGAAUCAGAAGAGAAGGAGGGAUCAGAGGAUGUUCUAGCGGCUUCUAAACACAUUCAUUCACCCAAAAACUCAGUUUCCAGCCCUCAGAAAGUUAUAGAUGACUCUGGAAUAUUCCGGAGCCACUCAUCGUUGUCUCAUUGUUCAGGCUAUUCCUUUAGAAUGUCUCCCCAAGCAAUGGACUCAUCAUAUCAUCGGUCUCUUCCUUUCUCAAUGCUUGAGCAAUCUGAUAUCAAUGCGUUGAUCGGGACAUAUGUUUCUGAAAACGUUCAUGAAUCACCGAAUAGUUUGUCUGAAGAGAUGGUCAAGUGCAUCUCGGAAGUAAUUCGUCAACUCACAGAUCCAAAAUCACUAGUAGUCGACGAUGAUCGAGAAUCAAGCAGCCCUUUCCGCGGGAAAGAGCCUCUGAAGAUCAUUAGCCGACCUUACGACAAAUUAUUAAUGGUGAAAUCGAUAUGUAGAGACACGGAGAAGUUAAAUGCAGUUGAACCUGCUUUGAAACAUUUCAGGUCACUUGUUAAUAAGUUAGAAGGAGUGAAUCCAAGGAGGUUAAAUCAUGAAGAAAAGCUAGCUUUCUGGAUUAACAUUCACAACUCUCUGGUUAUGCAUUCGUUACUUGUCUAUGGGAACCCUAAAAACAGCAUGAAAAGGGUAUCUGGGUUGCUGAAGGCAGCGUACAACGUUGGAGGUCGAAGCUUGAACUUAGAUACCAUUCAGACUUCAACCCUUGGUUGUCGUGUCUCUCGUCCAGGACAGGUAUUUAGGUUCUUGUUUGCUUCAAGAUCAAAGGGUAAAGCUGGAGAUUUGGGAAGAGAUUAUGCUAUAACUCACCCUGAGCCUCUUCUUCAUCUUGCUCUUUGCUCAGGGAACAUGUCAGAUCCAUCAGUUCGUAUAUAUACGCCCAAGAACGUGAUGAUGGAGCUAGAAUAUGGUAGAGAAGAGUAUGUAUUAUCAAACCUAGGAAUCUCCAAAGACAACAAGAUUCUUUUGCCGAAGCUCGUUGAAUUAUAUGCCAAGGAUACUGGACUUUGCAACGUCGGUGUUCUCGACAUGAUCGGUAAAUUUUUGCCUUGUGAAGCAAGAGAUAGAAUCCAGCAGUGUCGGAACAAGAAACACGGUAGAUUCUCCAUAGACUGGAUCGCACAUGAUUUCAGAUUCGGGUUACUUCUCUGAGAAGAAAAUGUGAGUCAUGAACAGAGGUUUUUGUUUUCCUUUUUUCAUCUGAUGUGAUGUAAUGUGAUGUGAGAGAUGAAUCGAAGAACUUCCUAUUGUGUCAAUUUAUCCAGUUAUCAGAUUUAAAUUAGGUUUAGAACUCAAACAA